AUGACGAGAAGGGAAGCACUGGCUGCAAAGGCCACGGAUUCAGCAAUGUCACGUUUCUAUGGCCUACAAAAGAUGAACAAGCCAGAGGUUCCCUUAAGCCCCAUCGUAUCUUUACGUGGCACUCCAGCUGUCGGUUUGUCAAAGUGGCUGUACCAGCGGCUUUGCCUCCUUGCCAAGGAUGCAGAGUGGACGGUGAAGUCUGCUAAGGAAUUUUUGACCCACAUCCAACACUUUGAAGUGGAGGCAGACGAGGUGAUGGUGUCAUUUGACGUGAUCUCCUUGUUUAAAUCUAUUCCACCCAGUCUGGUCAUCGACACGAUUGACGGUCUUCUCUAG